AUGCGCGACGAGUUGAUCGAUUGCCUAGUCGCAACCUCAGACUACGACCGGGCUAUUUACGCUGACAUGGUAGACGCGGUAUUUUAUUCCUUGGCAGCGACACCUACACUAAGAACCACCUACGGCGCGCUCAUAGACUCACCCAAAUACAAAGAUGCAAGCAAGGCCUUCAUGCACAUAAUUUGGUGCGAGCAUCUCGGCACCGACGCAAACAGAACAAACUUCCUCAUUCAGAAGUCCGGCAUUACCCCUAGUUUCUCGUCUACAACCACUACACGCCGCCUGCUCUUCGACUUCAGCAUAUCCCCAGGCGAAGCCUACAGCACCACGGCCAAGUCCUACUCGAUGGUUCGCAACAAGGUAGACAUGCGGCUCGAUGGUGACCUUGGCUGGGGCCAGGCUAAUACUUGGGCAUCAUGA